UGACACACGCACGCACGCACGCAGACACGAGGGACGGAGGCAGAGACGAGGGGCGGCGGCGGCGGCGGCCGGGGAGGACGACGACGACGAUGGGGAAGGGCCGGGCACCGUGCUGCGCGAAGGUGGGGCUGAACAAGGGGUCGUGGACGCCCGAGGAGGACAUGAGGCUGGUCGCCUACAUUCAGAAGUACGGCCAUGCCAACUGGCGCGCCCUGCCCAAGCAAGCAGGUUUGCUCCGGUGCGGGAAGAGCUGCCGGCUGCGGUGGAUCAACUACCUCCGACCGGACCUCAAGCGCGGCAACUUCACCGCCGAGGAGGAGGAGACCAUCAUCAAGCUGCACGGCAUGCUCGGCAACAAGUGGUCCAAGAUUGCGUCGUGCCUGCCGGGGAGGACGGACAACGAGAUCAAGAACGUCUGGAACACGCACCUGAAGAAGCGGGUGUCGCCGGAGCCGAAGAAGGGAGGGGGCAAGAGCAAGAAGAAAACGACCUGCACCGACGUGCUUGUCCCGUCCCCCUCGCCGGCCUCGUCCACCACCACGACCAACUGCUCCAUCGGCGAUUCAGCGGGCGAGCAGAGCAACACGAGCAAGGAGGAGGAGGAGGAGGAGGAGGAGACUGCCGGCAAGGUUGAGAUCCCCAUGCUCGACCCCUGCAGCUUCGACUUCGACAUGCUGGUUGACCCCGUCGCCCCGGAACUGUACUGCCCCGCGGUGUCGACGGCGCCGACGUCGCCGUGCUCGUCCACGUCCCCGGCGUGCGCCCGUGGCGUGGACGCGCUCCUCGACCUGCCCGAUAUCGACCUCGGCCCGGAGCUAUGGAGCAUCAUCGACGGCGACGGCUACGGCGCCAGCGUGUGCACCGAUGCCCCGCCGCCGGCGUGGAGCAAUGCGGCGGCGGCGGCGUGCCAGGCCAAUGCAACAGUGGCCACGACCAGCCAAGAGGAGGCAAAGGCCGAGUGGUGGUUGGAGGACUUGGAGAAAGAGCUGGGGCUGUGGGGGCCCACGGACGACUACCACUGCCACCCUUCGGGCCCACAAUGUCAGCCUGCUCGCGUGGGCCCACCACCCGCCGUCGUGGAGGACCCCGUGUCGUGCUACUUCCAGGGCGGCCCCACACCUGCCACGUGGCAGGGACCCGAAACCCCGGCUGUCAUCACCAGUAACUCCAUGGAUUACUUGUGAUGCCAUCCUUAAUUACCCCGUUUUAUCUAUAGAUUAGGAGAUGCCCAGCUACACGAAUCAUACUACAUAUACAAUACAAUACACAUGUAUAAUUGUACGACCGUAUACGACUGCAAGAGGAGUAUACAGGUGCAAUACGAAUACAUCGACGUGAUACGCAAGCUUUGGGCAGUACAAAGUAAAAUGGAAGGUGAUAGUUAGGCUAGGAUGCACAUAAAGCACACACAAAAAUGAGUUGGAAAAUAUUUUUGGCAUGUGUACGUUGGGCAGAUUACAUGGUGCAAUCAGAGCUAAAGGAGUCAAGAUUGCCGGUAUGAGUUAACCAGAGAUGUAACUUAUGUACUUUAUCAAGUCUUUUAUAUUCUUCAACAUCAGUGGCCACAUGCUGGUACAGAUCAACGACUAUACUACUGAUGUAUUUACCAUUUAAAAAUGGCCGUGCCCAUAACAAACAAAACAUCGAGUCGGUCCCUCCAUUCUGAUGACGUUUUAAUUACAUGU